AAGAACACAUGUCUUGUCAUCCUGUAAAGAAACAUGACAUGACUGGAGAUUUUGUAAAGUUUUCAACCUAAACAAUAGUGUUGUUUCCUCACAAAGGCCUAUUGAUUCUGUUAAAUCUGAAUGGGGCUAUUCUCUGCAGGAGUGAGCCCUGACAACACUGUGAAAGCAUGGCUGCCACCGGGAAGCUAACAACCUAAUUAAAUCAUAUGUAUUGGGGUGUGGAGUUCUUGUAGUUAACAAACUCAAUAUCAGGAGAAGCAGGAAAACAUUUACCCAGAUCGCUGCAUGUGGACGGGGGGAGGAAGCUGAGAAAGCACGGAUAAAGCUGAUUGGAAAUUGACUUUAAGACACAAAUUCGUAGACUGCCACUUGUGUUCAGGGUGCAGACUGCUGGUUUGUUGUAGAAAAUAAAAAGCAAGAGACAACAAUAACAGCAAAAGCAUCAAGCUGCCAGCGCCUUUUCUCUCUUUGAGACAGAAACAGUCAGUGAUGUCGAAGCUGGUUUGCUCUCUGCUUCUCCUUUGCUCUCUUCCAGCAGUGGUUCCCCUUUUCUGUUACACCUGUGUGUUCCCCGCCAUCUCACCUCUGGACUGCAUCAGAUUUCCUCUCAAGUGUCCGACCGGACAGGUCUGCCUGUCAAGCAGAGCCGUGGGUGAGAAAGGAGACUUCCGUGUGGUGUUGUAUGAGAAAAGCUGCGUCCUGCCCUCCCUGUGUGGAAACAAGGGAGAGAAACACACCAUGGGACUCAACUUCACCUUCACCAAUGAAUGCUGCAACACACACCUGUGCAACGGAGCUGAGGCACCUGCUACCCCUUACUGGACUGGCACAAUGCUCACACUUCUUAUUUCAUACACAGUUUGGUGAAUAGAAAAAAUAUGUUGAAGAAAACUAGCUGAACACACAUGAAGCGAAUGACUCCUGACACAUGUUAAGUUAUUAUUAUUGAUAUUUCAUAUUUUAAUCAAUACAUAAUAUCACACAAUAACAGUUCAGAGCAACUGUAUUGUCAAACCAAAUGAUGAAUGCAAUAACUGCAUGAGGUACUUUUAAUCAAAUUCUUAUUCUAUAUUAUGGUCAUUGUAUUUAACAUCAAAACAACUUAAUAGCCUCUUUAUUUUAAAGAAAUGUCUGAUAUAUAUUGUGUAUUGCUAACUCAAGACAUACCUUUUAAGUUAGAGAGUUGUUUCUGGACACAAGAGCAGGGGUGAUUUUAACAUAUUUAACUUGCGUUCCCAUGUUUUCAUAUUUGUAUAUGAAUUGUGAUAGAUAAA